CACAUAGGUUGAUCGCUCUGUCAUUAGUCCUAGGGGCAUUGUGGAGGACGUGCUAGUAUGAGUGGGAAUUCUGUGAUCCUGGAUAUAAGUGAGGAUUCUGAGAUGCCACUCAUACUAGGACGCACUUUCCUUGCCACCGCAAAGGCUUUGAUUGAUGUAAAUGAGGGAACUUUGAUUCUGAGGGAUAGUGAUGAGAGAAUUACUCCUGGAAUUGAACCUAAGCUUAGGAGUGAGGAUGUGAAGAAAGUAGAAUCGGGUGAUAUGAAUGCAACUGGAGGAGAAACUUUCAAGGUAAACCUCAUUAUUACUGUUGUUCCUCGUGAUGAUGUGAAGCAGGAAAGCAAAGAGGGCAUCUCGCCCAAAGAAGGAAAGAAAAAAGCUUGGCGUGAAAGGAUAAAUCAUGUUAAUGCCCAUAGGAAGGAAAAGCGCAAAGCGAAAGUCAUCGGCCAAGAAGACCAUCCCAUGGAGAGUAAGUUGGGAGGCGACACGCCUCGCCCCAAGAUCGCGGUGUAUCCACUCUCGGUGGCAUCACGUUCAAAGGCGUGAUAGAUCCGCAACGUCAAGCUAGUGACGUUAACUUAGUGCUUGUUGGAAGGCAACCCAACGUAGGUUUGUUUUCUUUUCCUUAAUUUUGUUUUUGUGUCGAGUGAAGAGUUCAAGUGGUCGAUUGUUAUCCCCGUGCCAGGUUUUUAUGAUUUUUUAUUUUAAGUUGUGUCGUGAAUGAUAGUAGGCACGAUGGAGUAGGUCGAGUAACAAUUUUUGAAAAUGCCAUGUUUUCACUGCAGUUCACAUACGGAUUGCUUUGUUCACGGUCUUAAUCGGUUGUGAACUAUCAAACGCGUCCUUGAACAAGGGUGUUUCCACGUGUGUCAAAACCACCGGUUUUCCCCAGUUCACAGACGGAUUGCGAUGUUCAUGGUCUUAACGACUGUGAACUGGCAAACUCAUCCGUGAAUGUCAGGGUCUGCCUAUAAAAGGGCCGUGAACACUUUUUCCUCACUUCACGACCCAAAACUCGACGGAAUCCUUUCCAAUUUGCUAGAAUAACGGAAUUUUCCAACG